AUGCAAACUCUCUACAACGCUCUAAUCCGCACCCAUCACAUAACCUCCCGCAAAAAAGUAGCCGCGCUCAAACGAGCCGCAGACACACACCAAUGCGCCGUACUCCUGCGCUCCGGCGGGUGUCCGGGGAUCAUGUACGUGGAGGGCGGAAAGGAGCCGGUGGAGAGCUGGGUGGAUGUUGUGCGCCGGUUACGAUAUAAGGAUUUUCAAUUGGUUACGCGACCCGGCGUUGUGGAGGAGGAGGAUGGAUAUGGGACUGGGAAUGGAAACAAUGAGAAGAGAAAUGAGAGAGAGUUGGAUCUCCCGUUGGGACUGGAUGAGGUAGAGAGUGUCAAGGAGUUUGGAGGCAUUAUGGCGAGGAGGGGGGUAUGGAAUUGGUGGAGGAGAGGCAUGGGGUAUGCUUAA